AUGAUGCAAUCCGCUCCGAUCAGCCAAUGCCCCUCGUCGCAGUUCAUCCAGCGCCAGUCCACGCCGUCGAGCUUCUCGUCGUCCAUUUCAUCGAUGCACGAGGCCACGGUGUCGGCAUCAGAUGCGGCCGCACCCAGGCACCCAAUGGUGAAGCUGCUGGAGCUUGAAAAGCAGGAUCUCAUCAUCAAUUCCAAUCGGCAGAACCAUCGCAACACCACCAUCAUCAAGAAGCUCUCGCGACAGGUCAACGAGCUGCAACAGGAAAACAGCAAUCUCAAGCAGCGGGCCGUGUUCCCAAGCCCGGUGGCUCGGCGGAGCGCCGAUCGUGCUCUCUCUGUGCUCCAGAGUGUGUCCGAGUCCGAUCCAGAGGCAUCUCAAACCGACAUCACAAACGAUGCCACGGAGCCGCUACUCACCGUCGCCUCAUCGACCCGAUCAUCGGCCACCGCUUCACCGCAGCCGUUCUCGAGAUUCAGUCAAAAGCGCCCAUCGGACAGUCAAAAAGUCCCAAGCCCACUGGACCAGGUUCGACACCUCUUGGAGCUUGCGAGCCAGUCCAACGCACCGCGGAGCGAUGCGGCGCGACAAUCCACCAGUCCAAGCAAGGUCAGCAUUUGCGAUGUCCCUUCUCCUGGCCUAUACGAAGAACGGAUCUGUGAGCUGGAGGAGAGGAUCCGGGACCUCACCGACGAAAACGUGCUGCUGGAAGCCAAGUACAGAGACAGGCAAUCCUAUUUUCAGAGUCAGCGCCAACAGUGCUGCAGCAAGUGCAAGGGCAGUCUCCAAGAGAAUGUCUCGCAGCUGACCGUCAGCAAAGCUUCGCCGACCAAGGAAGUCGAGGAAAAAUCCGUCCAGGCUUCAGAGCAGAGCAUCCACCCGGUCACUCUGGAGUUCUAUUCCACCAAAAUCUCACAGCUGGACGACAGGAUCAUCGAACUCGAGAGGGUGCUCGGUGUAGAGAAGGACGCCCACGCAAAGACCAAGGAGCUCCUUCGGGAAGCACACCAGGAAGUCAAGGCCGGGACACAGCAGUAUGAAAAGCUGGCGAGCAAGGUCGGAACGAGCCAAGUGUGGAAGAAGACGGUCGAAGAACAAAAGUUGUUGAUCGACAGCUAUUCGAAGCAGUUGAUGGACUCGGAGCGACGCAUAAAACACUAUCGCGACGAAUGUGAGAAGCUCGCAAAAAGCCUGAAUGAAUUCAACCAUAUUGCAUCGCUGACACACGAGGUCAACAAGAGAAGCCUGGGCAAGCUCUGCAAGUUUAUUGAGAAGCAUCUUGGAGCAACUUCAGAGGGUCUUGUACCAAAGACAUCCAAAUCGGCCAACCGACUUGAUCUCUCCGAUCUUGUUGAGCAUCUCGACAGCCUCGUUGAUUCGCUUGUGACCAGAAGCCAGGCUGAUUCAGAGAGCCAUCGGCAGCUCAACGCAAAGCUUCAAAGUGAAAACGAAGAGCUUGACCAGCGUCUCCAGCUUAUCAAGCGCACCAUGAUCACGCAAAAGGAAUGGUCGCAAAUUACCGAGGAGCGUGAUCAAGCGCGUGUGUCGGCGGAAAAGCUCAAGAAAGAUAUGAAAGAGAAAGAGGCCGAUGUCGAAACCAUGCGGGAGAGGAUUUUGAAGUUGACCAACGAGGGUGCCUUUCAGAAGAACGAGCUCAAAAUCCUCAAGGCCAAGACGGAGCAGCAGAAGCAGGAUCUCCUAUCCAAGGAUGCGCAUCUGAAAGAGGCAACCGAGUCUCUGAGUCGUCUGAACGCCAUGAAUGAAGCACAGGAGGCCAAAAUCAAGGUUCUCACCCACAACCAACUCAACAAGGAGCUGGUCAUGAAGGAUCUCAGGAGUAAGAAUGAGGGUCUUCAUGAAGAUAUCCAAAAGUCGUUCAAGAUGGUGGAAGAGCUCGAGGAGCUGCGCAAGGUGCACCGAAAGUGCAAGUCCGAGAUUGUUCGUAAGGACGGACUGAUCCACAUGUGGAAGGAAAGGGCUGAUGCACUCAGCAGGGAGAUUGUCGAUCUGAAAGCGCGCUUAGACUCUACGGUCGAUAACAAAAAAUAUGCGAGUGCAGUUCAGACCAAGCAACUGGCCAGCGAAAAGGCAUACCGUCUGCAGGAGAAGUACGACGAGUCCGUGAAGAAGCUGGAGCACAUCGAGAACGCUGUGAGAAUGUUCCUUGAAGCACGGCUCUCGUCUCGCAAGCCCACCAGUGAGCUCCAGUCCGACUCGACCGUAUCCAACGGAUCUGCCCAGCUUCUUGAUUCGUUCGAGACAGAAAUGCUGCCAGAGGAUGUGGUCAAGACAGCAGAGAAGAUCUCAAAGACGAUCUUGAACCUGGACUAUCGUACGCUCCUCAAGGCACCACCAGAGGGCGUGAUGGAAAUCAGCCAGCUCGAUGAAAAGCUCCGAGACAUGUAA